GCGAGCUUGUCCGAGAACCUUGGCCUCCGACCAUGCGCUCCAUCUUGCUCGUGGCUGCCCUCCCGGCGUUUGUGGGCGCCAAAACCUUGUCGGUCGACUUUUCGACCUUUGCGUCGUCAGGCUUGACGGUCGCCCAGUUUCUCGACCAGAGCUCCCUAUACGUCUCAGCUUAUGAGGUCCAGACGUCCUACCCCAGUGAUCCCACCGCGGACCCAUUCUCGCAUACAUUCGUCACUGAUAACGUAGACAUCCAGGAUGGAUACCUGACGCUUAGAGUCUCCGGACCCACCGGGCAGGGCGCGUCUGUCCUGAGCGCGGAGGUGGGCACCUACGACGCGAACAUCCUCUAUGGGACAUUCAAGACCGUCGCCAUCGCAUCCCCUGUACCCGGCGUCGUCCACGGCUUUUUCACGUACAAGAACGACUGCCAAGAGUCCGACAUCGAGCUCCUGACGUCGUUUUACACCACGGGCAACACCUUCGUGCAGCCUGGCCUCCAGCUCACUAGCCAGGACCUCCACAACGUGCCUACUGAGUCGUCGUCUUUCCUCUGGAACUCGUGGUCUGGUGGCAACGAGCGCUGGUCUGCUGGCCCGCCCACUCAGGAUGCUAUCCUGAAGAUCAAGAGCAGCUCGCUCGAAUACGAGACGGCUUGA